AUGGCACAAGACAACCACAGUCACCGUGAGAUCAGUGCUUCUGGAAUGCAAGACCUUGUGUCUUCCAUGGAAGCAGUUAGCGUAAGGAAUCCUUAUGGAUAUGUGGAUGAAGCUGCGUUGCACCGCAUGAGGAUUAUUGGAGCUGCUAAUCAGGUGCAUGUGCACCACCAUCCUAUUGCAUGUGUUUUAGGCUCACCAAACUAUCAUCCUCGUUGGAGACGCAUGGCUUCAUUGGCAAAGGAACCAGAAGGACGCCGUACACUUCUCCGCAUCAUCCAUGAUGCCACACCCCAUCAAAUCAACAUGAUCGGACAAAACCUGGAGGAUCAUUUAUACUACUUGAUGAAAGACCCUUGUGGCAACCUCAUCAUUCACAAGCUUUUUCUAUCAACCGAUGUUACCAUUGCUCAAAUGAAGACUCUUCUCUUAUACUUCAUUGCCAUGGAUAACCAAAAGCUGAAAGACGUCUGCACGGAUCAUCAAGGAAUUCAGGCUAUUAAGAUGAUGCUGGAGAACAUCGAAACCCAAAACUUUGCACUAGCAUUUAUUUAUGCUAUGGAGCCCAUCAUUGUGGAAUUGAUGAAAAAUGUCAAUGGUAGUUAUGUCAUUCAGCAGUGCCUGAAGCGUUUUCCACCCAAGUGGAACUAUGUAAUUUUGGAUCAAGCAGCAGAGAACUGCGUUGAAAUUGCACGAGAUGCAUACGGAUGUUGUGUUAUUCAAAAAUGUAUGGAACAUGUUGAGGGAAGAUCUAACUCGCAACUGAUUGAUGAAAUAAUCUCAAAUGCCGAGGUCUUAGCACAAGAUCCAUACGGAUAUGUUGGACUAUCAAUGAACAAGUAUGCCAGCAAUGUGGUGGAGGGUCUCUUAAAAUUUUCCGAAAUGAAGCAUGCUGCAUUUAUAGUUCUGGAGCUUAUGUACAACCUUAAAUUUCUGAAUGUUACUAUGGAUCCUUUCGGAAAUUAUGUUGUCCAAACAGCAUUGAAAUGCACUGAGGGCAUAUUGCAUGAAAGUCUUUGUGACGUCAUUUUAACCAAUUAUGAAUAUCUGCAGAGCGAUCUUUAUGGGCAAAGGGUGGUAGCAUCUGCCAUAGCAUCCCAGAUCUAUGUACUCAAAGUGUCUAUAUAA